AUGCCGCAUCCAGAUGCCAACACCAAAGAUGACGCUGCGAAACGAACAGCGUCUGGGCGUGAGAAAGCGAGGUUUGCGAGCUGCCAGAUAGAGGUAGCAGCUGCCUCCGUGUGGGACCGUCGUGUGUUCCCUGGGACCGAAAGUGGAAUCACCGUCACCGUGCACGGUGAAGAUACCAAGAACCUGGAAAGGAGCUUGGACCAACUGUCUCAUCAUCCCAACGCACCGGGUCUUAUGGCGGCCUUCGUGGCCGGCGGCUUGAUGUCGAUUUGCUCGGGGAUCCCGGUGGCCAUCGGCGGCACCGACCUGAACCCGGCGGUCUUCUACGGAGACUUCGUGAUUGCCAUCGCUACGGGCUAUGAUUACGCAGACUGGGAAGGAUCGUCUGGCAGAAGGUUGGCCAAGGUGGACAAGACCAAGUAUUUCUGCAAAGGCGGCCACUUGGCCCAGUUUGCCAAUGAGUGCAACUCAGCGAAGAUCACCAUCCUUUGGACGGUGUUGGGGAAGCUCAAGCUCACCCGCUACGUGAGUUAUAUGCCCUACAGCAUCUCCGAGGCGUUCCUGGCUUGCGUUGGCUACAAGGUCUUUUACUAUGCCCUGAAGUUUUGUGACAUGCAACCUCAGCAGUUCAUGCCAGCUGCUUUGAUUGGCAUCGCCCUAUACUUUGUCAAGGCGUUGCAUCUCGGCAAUCCCACCAUCAUGAUGCCUUUGGGCCUACUUGUCUGGACCCCAGUUUCUGCUCCCUUUGCAUUUAGUUCCGGUUCGCAAGGGCACGACACGACGCCCUUGGCUCAAGCCAUGACGGAAAAGGAUGUGGCUGCAUUGGCUGAAGACCAAUGGGAAGAUGCUUCGCAGUCCCCUGGAGGCUAUGAGGACUAUGAUGACCCUGCCUCCUACUACACAGGAGCGUCCGAAGAAGUUGAUCCCGGCUAUGAGCCACCAUCCAAUGAGGUGGACUAUGCAAUGGAGUCCUAUGACCAAGAGGAGCCCUAUGACCUUGAAGCGCAGACCUAUAUGGCAGUCACGAACUAUGGCAGUGUUCCUCCGCCUUCGAGCUUGGCUGAUGGCACCAUCGUGACGACUCCAAAUGAGAUGUCUGCUGAUCAGAUGCUUGACAUGGCCCUCCAACAAGCACGCAUGAUGCAGCAGCAGCAGACCCUGGCAAUUCAGCAAGAGGCACAUCAGCACCCUGUGCCGGAUGAUGCUGAUUGGGAGGCUCAUGAACUCGCCCUUCAGGACCAUGGUGACGCUGCCUCAGUGAUGAGCGUAUCAUCAUGGACUUUGCCUUCCAUGCCUGGUCUUGCAUCUCCAUCCAUGAGUAUGCCAUCGCUUGUGGGUAUGACGAUUCCCUCAAGUAUGACAGGCCUGCCGAGUAUGCCCUCACAGUCGGGCUUAGCACCACCGAGUCUGACUUCACCAUCGGGCUCAGCAUUUCUGGACAUGCCUCCACUUCCUGGAUCACAAGCUGCUCGUGUGCAAGAGAUGCUUAGAGAGGACGAUCCCAACAGUUUGAAUCGCUUCAUGAUGAAGCCGCCUCCACAGGAUCCAACACUGAAGCAAAGAAGCUGUCCUCAUGCAAAUCGCACUCGUGCAGGAUCCAAUGCCUACCAGAAUGUCAUCAAGUGCAAGGAUUGCGGCUUUGUCCUUCACCUCGAGAAGAAGACUGUUGGCAAGGCCAUGGAGACCAAAGAAGCUGGCACUUGCACUCACUCCCGCAAGAACUAUCAGGGCGCCACUGCAACGACCUGGAAGUGGCGCUGCUUGGAUUGCGGAGAGACGGCAUCAGGCUCGAAGAAUCCUGGUGAAAGUGGAGCAAGAGCAGCAGAGAUUGCACCUCUUCGAGUUGGAGCAGUGGCAGACUGGUUCCUUGAUGACCCUCCUUCCAAGGUCAUCGAACUGAUGCAGCUGACGCUGAGCAUCCAGCGACAGACUGGAGCCGUGAUCACAGGUGACACCUUGGAUGUGAUCUACCAGCGCUGCAAGGACACGAUCUAUGUCCCUCAGUCCAUGCCAUCUGGAGCUACGCCUGCACGGCCUAUGCCAUCGACACCACCUCGCACCAGCGCAGGAUAUGAGUUCUACACUCCAACAAGGGGUUCAGCAAGUUCGGCGCCCUCAACACCAGGUGAUCCAACACUUGGACCUCGAGAAGUACUGCCUGACGAUUUGGCAGCUUGGGAUGCUGAGAUCAUGAACCAUGGUCAGCAGAAGGGCAAGACAUUCAGGAUGAUUGCUGAGACGGAACACUCCUACUGCACCUACAUCCUUGGACAGAUGAAGGGAAAGAACCUCAAGAAUCCUCAGCUCCUGGAGUUUGGCAACACGAGCUCUGGCACUGAGGAGGCCUUUGAGACUGCGUAUGACAAGCGCAAGAUCGAGGAGGAAGACACUCUGAACUAUGUCAACUUGGCAGAAUCGCCGAGGAAGGUGAUGACCCGCGGACAGCGGAAAGUGAUGCAGGAGUCCAUGCAGAAUGAGGAGGCGGACCUCAAGAGCAAGUUCCUUUUGUGGACUUUCAAGAAGCGAGAGAAGCAAAUGGCGAGACAGGAGCUUUGUGCUGCCUGCUAUUUUAGCACCGUGGAGCACUUCAACUACCUGCCCAAAUUUUUCCUGAGCGCCCUGCUCUUCUUUGCGGGCGCCGGCUUUGUUACAGACAAUCUUUGGGGAUCUCGAAAGUUCCUCCACGUGAGUGAAUGGCUUGAAAUCGUGAUCAUUGUCAUCGUGUUCAUCAUUGCUGGCCAGAGCAUGAUUUUUGCAGUGCUCACUGGAGUGCUUCUGUCUGGAGUCGCAUUCAUAGCCAAGUAUGCCCGUGUGCCGGCCAUUACGGGGCGGCCUCGCAAGGGCGAUGAAGUGACCACACGGGAUCGGCCGGUGGGAGAGGUUGGCCACCAGAGCUUCAUGCACAUCGCUUCAGAGUGGGUUAUGAUCGUGAACUUGAAGGGCUAUGUGUUCUUCAGCUCCUGCGUCUCAAUUGUUCAACGCAUUGAAUCUCAUUUCAACAGAGAAGAUCGCCAUGAUGUGCCCAGCUACCGGCGAUUGAAGUUUUUGGUCUUCGAUGCGAAGAGCUUGGAUGGCAUGGACGCUUCUGGAGCCAUGAGCAUGUUGAAGCUCACACGAAAGGCUCAGCAGCGCGGCAUCCGCGUGUGCUGGGCUGGUGUGUCUGAUGAGCUGGCCGAGGAGUGGGGAGUGGGAUGGUGGGGCGAGAGAAACACAUUUGCUUGUGGCUCAGAAAGAUGCCUUUACCUGACCCAAAUGGCAGCAUACAUACGCUGUCAUUCUGUUGAGAUGAAGAUUGUGUUUUGUUUGGGAAGGGAGUCAGGUGUCACAUUUUUGUGUAGACAGAGCGACGUCGGGUCCGAUCAGGCCGAAGGAAUGUCAUAUCUACUUUCAUCAGGCUCAUCAGGCUAG